AGCGCGGCGGCGGGAGGCGGGCGCUGUCCAUGGCCCUGCGGAGCGCCGGGCCGCCCCGCGCUCCGCCGCGCCGCCGAGCGCAGCGAUGGGCAACACGGUGCACAAGACCCUGGCAGACACAAGCCACCAGACCCGCUCCGUCUCCAGCCGCCCCUACUACAGUUUGCCCAACAGCAGCCAUGAGAGACGCUCGGUCCUCACUAUCACGGAGCCGCCACGUUUCCACUCCCAAGCCAAAGGCAAGAACGUGCGUCUGGAUGCUCACUCCCGCAGGGCCACUCGGAGGAACAGUUUCUGCAAUGGGGUCACCUUCACCAACCGGCCCAUCCACCUCUAUGAGAAGGUCAGGCUGAAGCUGGUGGCUGUGCACCAUGGCUGGAGCGGGGCCCUGCGCUUCGGCUUCACCAUUCAUGACCCAUCGCAGAUGAGCUCUGACGAGAUACCAAAGUACGCCUGUCCGGACCUAGUGACCCGACCUGGAUACUGGGCCAAAGCUUUGCCAGAGAGGUUUGCUGUGAGAGACAAUAUCUUGGCCUUCUGGGUUGACCGUCAUGGGAGAGUCUUCUACAGUAUUAAUGAUGAGGAGCCGAUAUUGUUUCACUGUGGUAUUAAAGUUUCCGGUCCUCUCUGGGCACUCAUAGACGUCUAUGGAAUUACCCAUGAAGUGCAAAUACUAGAUAGCAUGUUUGCAGAGACCAUGACCACAGCUCGUCUCAGCACUGCCCGUCUCAGCACUUGCCUUCCGCAGAGCAACCAUGAUUCAGCCAACUUCAAUAACAACGAACUGGAGAAUAACCAAGUGGUGGCCAAAAUUGCAAACCUAAACCUAAGUCGGGUACCAGGACUUGCGACAGACAACCACAUCAUCCCCUGUUGCCCAAAUCGGCGGCAGCGUGCCCAGGGCGUCCCAGCCUUCCUGGACACAGACCUGCGAUUCCACCCCACCCGUGGACCUGACAUCACCUUUUCUCAGGACCGUAUGGUUGCGUGCACCAACUGGCAAGAAAGCAAUAGGACUUUGGUGUUUUCUGACCGGCCUUUGCACAUCGGUGAAAGCCUCUUUGUGGAAGUAGGACAUCUUGGGUUGCCAUACUAUGGGGCCCUUUCAUUUGGCAUCACUUCUUGUGAUCCAAGUACUUUACGGACAAAUGAGCUCCCAGCAGAUCCAGACUUUCUCUUGGAUCGCAAGGAGUACUGGGUGGUCUACCGAGCAUUCCCAGUCCUCAACAGCGGCGACAUUCUCAGUUUCAUGGUCUUGCCGAAUGGAGAAGUGCACCACGGGGUGAACGGAGCCAGCCGAGGAAUGCUAAUGUGCGUGGACACCUCACAGUCUCUCUGGGUGUUUUUUACAAUCCACGGUGUAAUCAACCAGCUCAAAAUAUUGGGCACUGUGCAGUCCAGCCCAGUGACCGUCUCUCCCUCAGGAUCCCCCGGCGGUUCGCAGUACGACAGCGACUCGGACAUGGCCUUCAGCGUCAACAGGUCGUCAUCUGCUUCAGAGUCAUCGCUUGUGACUGCUCCCAGCUCCCCCCUGAGCCCCCCCAUCUCUCCUGUCUUCCCCCCGCCGGAGCCAUCAAGCAGCAAGAAUGGGGAAUGCACCGUCUGCUUUGACAACGAGGUGGACACGGUGAUCUACACCUGCGGACACAUGUGCCUCUGCAACACCUGCGGUCUUAAGCUGAAGAAGCAGCUCAACGCCUGCUGCCCAAUCUGCCGACGGGUCAUCAAAGAUGUUAUUAAAAUAUACCGCCCUUAGCGCCCGGCUCGGGCUGUAGGAAGGGGGAACGCCGCUAGCAGUAACCAUGCCUUUCCGUCCCUGCUUAUGGGUUAUCGUGCUGGUCAGUCGUUAUCAAGUGGCUCGUUAUCUGUGUUUCCUUAUUUGACUGGUAGGGCACAAUUCAGGGAUAAAAUUGAGCUGAGGAUCAUGUAGGGCCCAAAGGCACGGCUUCCGUGUGCCCAUGGGCAAAUCCAGGGAAUCGUGGUCUGGACCCGACCCAGUUGCAAAUGAGAAAUUUCCCGUGCAAAGGCUCUUUUUUUCCUCCUCCUUCUCUGGAGGAGGCUUGCUGUGGUGCGGGUCAGGUAGGGGAGGUUGCCACUUGGUCAGUGCCGGGUGCCACUAGUCUCCCCAGCCCCAAAACCCCAACAGCUCUGGGCUGCUGCCGGGUGCUUGUGCUGUGGUGGAACAAAAUUAGGACAAGGCCCAGCGGGAGGAUUCAAAGUAGACAAAACUGAACUAGAAAUGUCACGUGCAUCCAUGUAAGGGGAACUAGCUAAGGCCAAAGUAGUAGCACAGCCAGAUUCUCACUUAUUAGGGUUUUGCUCCCCUGAACAGGCUUCUGGGGCACAUGGAGAAGCUGGUCUGGACUUACAUAAAGCAGCUUUUGCUUUCUGUGGCAGAGCAGGGACUUUUGGCCGGGGAGGCUGAGGCCCAGGGAGCAGCCAUGGGGUAGCAGUGAGGAGCACAAGCCUGCUGAGAGCCCCAUCCAACCCCAAGUGCUGCAGCAGCAGCGAUGGAGCUGCAGGCAGCAGCAGUGGGCUGUUCAGGCACUGCCCCUGUGUCUGGCUGCUGAAGCCAUAAAUUGCAGCCUGUGGAUGAGAGGGGCGUUUAGGUGGGCACGCUGCAGUCCUGGCUUAGAAAAAGCACGGGGCUGCCACUGUCUGCAAGGGUGGUGUUUGUCACCUCCAGGCACAGACGCCUGCAUUCUGCUCUGCUCCGCUCCUCUUCGCGGGCGGCACAGCUGCCGCCUCAUCCCGUCCUGCCUGGCUCGCCUCCCCGAGCCCUUCCCCUGCAGCCAGCGCCGCGCCAGCGCUCAGCCCUCCUCCCACCCCAGCACAGGGACUUUUUGGAGCCUGUGGUGAGAAACUUAUUUCUGAUCCAGUCCCAGCAGGCUCACCUUUUUUCUGGGGACUGUAUAUGUGCUGAUUUUACCUGCUCUUUCUCCUGCCUUUCCAGGUUUCCCAGCACAGCUCCCAGCUGUCUGGACACUGGGUCCCAACAGUAGAUGAGAACUUGUUGAAGUAAACAGGGAUCUAUCUUACUUGGCUUUACAAUGGAGGAGGAAAGAAAGAGGCUCUGAGGCUGUUAUUAGAUGUUGGGCUUUAAAAUGUAAAUGGGUUUCAGCUGUGAUAAUAGACAGCUGCAAGCAGCAGCAACCUGGAUGAGCUGGGCAGCAUCUGAGCAUGCAGCACUGGGGCUGGUGCGAGGAGCUCAGUGUCCUCCUCCCUGCUGCUCCUGCAGGAGCUUCCCUCUAUUCUCCGUCCUCUGCCCACUUGCAUGGCUCCUGUCCAGGCCUUCAGCCUGAGCCUGGCUGGUUUCCAGCUGGUCCAGGUUUGCAAAGAGAGGGAGAGAGAGGAUGCGGAUAGGAGGGUGAGAGAGGGGCUGAUGUCAUUCUAUCUUGGAGACCAUGUGCCACCAAGUGGGUAAGAAUGUCUCUCUCUUUUCAGAAAGGUGCAAUUACCACAUUUCUGUCCAAAAAACUAAUAGCAACCCCUGUUUCAGGGCUUCUGGGCACAGAGGGGCAGCCUGACGUUGCUGGUGUCUGUCGCUUUGCCUCGCCAUUCACUCUGCUCCGAGGUGCGGGGUAGCGGCGGGUGUGCUGCCACCUCUCGCGGUGCCGCUGCUCACAGGGCAUGGACAAAACUUUUUUUUUUUUCUUGACGAGCAAAUUAACAUUUUAAUUAAGUGUAUAGACGAGAGACUGCUGUAGAGUGAGAUCUCUCACCCACUGCCCUGCUGCAUCGUCAGGAGAGCCUGCCGGCUUUGCAGAGCCCUUUUUGGAAACUUGGCUCAUGCCUCCGGCUGUGCCACUGCCGAGCGUGCUCAGCCCUCAGCAGAGCCACCGGCACUGCCACUGCGGCACGAGUUCGCUUACACCUUUGCAAAAGGAGGCAGCAAGGGCAGCUUUCCAGCAGGGAGCCUUGCCCAGGCCUCCAGGCUGCCCUCCGCCCAGGGACCGUGGGCAUUGCCUUCACGGAGACCUCCCCGGUCCUGCGUUUGCAGGUCAGUGUCCGGCUGCGGUCGGAGGGCACAGCACUAAGAGCACGGUGACAGCAAAGUGUGUGAGCGCAGGAUGAAAGGCCAGGUGGGUUAGUGCCUGCCUGGUGUAUGGGCUGCAGCGGGAAGCCUUUGCGUGAUGAGGAGUUCAAGGAAAGUUGUCUGAAUCCACAGUGAGCGACACUAGGUUGGAUCAGGACCAGGCUAGCAAAUGCCAGCAGCCAUCCCUGGGGCUGCUGUCCUGGUUUCAGGGGUGUCUGGUCCCUUUUGGUGACUGCGCACAGCCAUGUGCACGAGCAGAGCCCAUUUGCUUGGCUGACACUUCAGGACCUCAGUGAGCAGGGCUAAUUGGAUGCCUGGGGUGGUUUGUUUUUUUUUUUUUUUUUUUUUUUCUGUGUAGCUCUCUUCUUUUUUUUUUUUUUUAAGCCAGCAAGGAGAAAUACCAAGUCCACCCCAGGCUGUGUCCGAGCUGUUCAGCACCCAUUGCACAGGUUGAAUUUUUGCUGUAGCAGCUGAGAUCUGUUUCCAGCAGGGCAGCAUCCAGCAGGGCCAGCAAGGGAGCCAGCUCAGUUAGGGGCCAGAGUGCAGCUGUGCAGGGAGCGGGACGUGAGAGCAGUGGACGUGUCACCCUGCUUAUCCUAGAGCAACAGGAAUUUUCCAAAAUAGGCCUCUUAAAAAAAAAAAAAAGAUUUCCAGGAAAAGGUAGCCUCUUACAGAUAAUUGUUAGUACUCGUAUUGCUAUUUUUUUUAAACAGUCCAAUGAUCUAUGAUUUGUACAGAAGAUCUGUUUGUGCCUUAUAAGGGUGUCUGUGCACUUUUUAUCCUUUUUAAAGCAACUUUUAAAAAGAAAAAAAAAUGGGGGAGAAAACGACACAGAUCAAUGGUAGUUUUAUAGAUUUUUUGUGUUCACUGAGAAUCCUGCUUUUUUUAUAUAUAUAUAUAUUGGAGUGGAAAAGUGUUUAUUUCAAUGGAUUUUCCCCCCUCUCCUCCUAACCUGUUUGUUUUGAAAUUUAAAAAAAGGAAGAAAGAAAGAAAAAGAAGAGAUAGGGGAACUCUUUUACCUUCUCCCCUUUCUGAGACAGUUAAUUCUCUUAUCGUUACCUUUAUGAUUCAAUACUGUGACCUGUACAUCAUGUUCAAGCUGAAUCAGAUUUUGGACCUCUGUAUUAGGCUUUUCAAGCAAAUCUUAUGGGGGACUGGGGUGGGGGGGGUGGGCAUCGCACGAGGGAGGGAACUGCACUUCUACAUGUCAGUGCUCUAUAGCGUUGUGUUCAGUGCUGUGUGUUUUACUUUUGUCCAUUUACCUGUUUUACAUUAAUAUAAUUUUACUUGUUUAUUAAACAAAUAAAACUUUGGCUUGUAAA